AUGAGAUGACGGAACGACCGCAGCGUGUAUCGUAUAACCCCAAAGCUAAGUAUCCCCCGCAUUUCGUUUCCGAAAUGUAAAUAUGUAAAAACGUAUGGUUAUAAAAAUAAGCUUUUCUAAAUAUUCAUACCGGUAGGUAAAAAUUGCAGUAAGUAACACCAUACAGUCGAGCAGACAAGGACGAUUGAUUGCGAGUUUACAUCAGAAAACGUGUCUAUUAAAGGUGCAUAGCAGAGAAUAUUAAAUGUAGCGCCCUCCAACGGACAGGACUUUGGAGCGAGCGUCCGAAUCGCCGGGAGCGAGCAAAAGACCGAAAAGGCGAAAAGGAAGAGAAAAUAUACUUACUUAGCGCAAACUGCCAGUCAUUUCGCAUCGAAUCACACAAGCGUAUCUUGAGAUUUUCAUUUUAUAAUCUUGCUCGUUGAAAAUAAUAAAUAAAAAUAAUGGGAUUAGUACGUGUAAUAAAUGACGAUGGUCAUUUUCAUGGAGAAUUAUCGAACGCUGGCACAAAACUUGUCGUUGUUGAUUUCACCGCAACUUGGUGUGGUCCCUGUCAAAGGAUUGCUCCAGUUUUUGAACAACUCUCCACAAAAUAUCCUAACGCUGUUUUUUUGAAAGUUGAUGUCGAUAAGUGUGCGGAGACAGCUGCUGGACAGGGUGUUAGCGCCAUGCCUACUUUUAUUUUUUACCGCAACAAAAUUAAACUUGAUUCAUGCCAAGGUGCCGAUCCUGCUGGUCUGGAAUCCAAGAUUAAACAAUUUUAUGGAUCUGGUGAUGCCGAUGACUCCGAGGGAUCAGUUGCUGGACAUAUGGAUCUAAGUUCAUUCAUUAUGAAAGCACAAUGUGAAUGUUUGAAUGAAUCAGAUGACCACUGUUUGGAUCAUUGUUUAACAUCAAAUGGUGGAUAUUUAGAAAGUGAUUGUGAUGAACAGCUGAUAAUAUCCAUAACUUUUACGCAAGCUGUAAAAGUACAUUCAUUAAAAAUCAAAGCACCUGCAGAUAAGGGUCCAAAAAAUUUGAAGCUUUUUAUAAAUCAGCCUAGAACGAUAGAUUUUGAUAUGGCGGAUUCAAACACAAGUGUUCAAGACCUUACGUUGUCAGCCAAGGAUAUAGAAGAAGGAAAUCCUGUCCAGUUGCGAUUCGUCAAGUUCCAAAAUGUACAGAAUUUGCAGAUCUUUAUCAAGGAUAAUCAAAGUGGCAGCGAAACAACGCAAAUUGAUCAUCUAGUCAUCAUUGGUUCUCCAAUCUCAACAACUAACAUGGGUGAUUUCAAGCGAGUUGCAGGAAAAAAAGGAGAGAGUCACUAGGAAUAUACAUACUACUCAAAUUGUUGUAAUAAAAUAUCAGUUACUGCGCAGUUAUAGUUCAAAUUUAUUGAAAACAAUUUCGACUUUUUAUAUGAAGUGAAAAUAAAUAGAAUUAAAAAUUUUGAUACUAAUCAAACACAGAGCAUUUUUAAACCAUUAAAAAAGUUUUAUUUUGUAUUUUUAUUAAAAUAAUUUAGUUUAUAAUUAUCUAUAUCUAAUAAUAAAACAACGCAUUUUUUGAAAAUCAAUUGAAUAUAAUUAAGUUGUUAAAUUAAUUAUUAUUAUAUCAAUCAUAACUAUAGAAGUGUGGCAAAUUUGCAUAAGAAAUAUAAAUUACUAAUGUAAAUUUUAUAAAUAAAUAAACAUAAAAAAUAAUGAUGCAUAAUGAAUGCAUCAUGUUGCAUUGAAUGAAAA